GCAUUAAAUAUUAACUAUCACAGUCGGCGCUCUCGUUGCACUGGGAGGAGCUGGAAGCUCUAAGCUCAAGUCAUAACCCCCAGCUCUAGUGUUAUUAUUCGAGGAUCACUAUAGCUGUCAAAUCAUUGCUAAUUUAUUACUGGGAGGAGCGAGACUUAUUUCACCGGGACACUUCUUCUCACCGUCCUUACUUCGCUCCCCAUCAUCCCAACUACAACAAUCAACUCCAAUCGGAUCAUACAAUCAGUACAUUGAUUCUUCGGUGAUUCUAAAUACAAAUAAACAAAUAAAAACCACAAGACCAAAAAAUGGAUUCUGAUAAGAAAACUGAAGUUAAUGGCAUUGGUGAGACUGCAGUGACCAUCGUAGAUCCCAGCCCUCCAAAAAAGAAAAAAGGAUUGUUUUCAAGAAAAAAGGACAAAGAGAAACCUGAGAAACCAAAAAUGGUCAGCCCUUUUACUAUGUUCCGUUACUCUAGUGUAUCCGACAGAUUUUUGAUGAUUUUCGGUACCUUAGCAGCAAUUAUUCAUGGUGCUGGCCUGCCCCUUAUGAUGCUUGUAUUUGGGGAGAUGACAGAUAGUUUUGUCUUUUCAGGAAAACCUACAGAAAAUUUUACAUUUGAGAAUGUCAUCAACAUGACAGACCCACUUGCAACACUGCAACAUAAUAUGACAACGUAUGCUUACUAUUACACAGGCAUGGGAUUUGGAGUGCUCAUUGCAGGCUACCUUCAGAUUUCCUUCUGGACACUUGCCGCUGGCAGGCAAAUUAGAAAAAUUAGAAGGAACUUUUUUCAUGCCGUGUUACGGCAAGAAAUUGGCUGGUUUGAUGUCAAUGACCCAGGAGAACUAAAUACAAGGUUGACAGAUGAUGUCUCCAAGAUUAACGAAGGAAUUGGUGACAAAAUUGCAUUGCUUUUUCAGUCAUUAGCUACAUUCCUGACUGGCUUUGUUAUUGGGUUUAUAAAAGGCUGGAAAUUGACUCUGGUUAUUCUAGCUAUAAGUCCAAUCAUGGCUCUCUCAGCUGCUAUAUGGUCAAAGAUAUUAUCUGCCUUCACCAACAAGGAGCUGACUGCCUACGCCAAAGCUGGGGCGGUUGCUGAAGAGGUUCUUUCUGCUAUCAGGACUGUAAUGGCCUUUGGUGGACAUAAAAAAGAAACAGCGAGGUAUGAGAAAAACUUAAUAGAUGCCAAAAAUAUUGGAAUAAAGAAGGCAGUAACUGCUAAUAUUUCAAUUGGAUUUGCCUUUUUAAUGAUAUAUGCCUCAUAUGCAUUGGCCUUCUGGUAUGGGACCACACUGAUCAUUAAUAAUGAUGGCUACACCAUUGGCUCUGUACUUACAGUAUUUUUUGCUGUCAUUAUUGGUGCCUUUAGUGUUGGACAAACAGCACCUAAUAUUGAGGCCUUUUCCAAUGCCAGGGGAGCAGCAUUUGCAGUAUUCACCAUUAUUGAUAAUCAACCAAAGAUCGACAGCUUUUCUUCAGCAGGCUCAAAACCGAACCAGAUAAAAGGAGACAUAGAAUUUAAAAAUGUGAAGUUUACUUACCCAUCCAGACCAGAUGUUCAGGUUUUGAAAGGUAUGAACCUAAAGAUCCCUAGUGGAAAAACAGUGGCCUUGGUUGGAAGCAGUGGCUGUGGUAAGAGUACCACUGUACAGCUCAUCCAGCGGUUCUAUGAUCCGGAAGAAGGCACAAUAACCAUUGAUGGGCAAGAUAUCCGUACCUUAAAUACAAGAUAUUUAAGAGAGAUAAUUGGUGUUGUGAGUCAAGAGCCAGUCCUGUUUGAUACAACAAUUGCUGAUAAUAUCCGCUAUGGGCGGGAAGAUGUCACAAUGGAGGAAAUUGAAAGAGCUACACAGGAAGCAAAUGCGUACAACUUUAUUAUGAAGCUGCCAGAUACGUUUAACACUCUUGUGGGAGAGAGAGGAACACAGUUAAGUGGAGGCCAAAAGCAAAGAAUUGCAAUUGCACGGGCUCUGGUUCGUAAUCCUAAAAUCCUUCUUCUUGAUGAGGCCACUUCAGCGUUAGACACAGAGAGCGAAUCUGUUGUCCAGGCUGCUCUGGAUAAGGCAAGGGAAGGUCGAACAACCAUUGUAGUUGCCCACCGUUUGUCUACAAUCCGUAAUGCAGACAUGAUUGCUGGUUUUGAAACUGGUGUAAUUACUGAGCAAGGAGAUCACAGUGAAUUAAUGAAGAAACAAGGAGUGUACUACAAACUGGUGACCAUGCAGACAGUAGAGACAGGUGAGUCAGAAGGAGAGGAAUCAAAUGAAAAAUCAGCAGUGGCGUUGUCUCAUUCACAUUCCAAGUUGAUCAGAAGAAAAUCAAGUCGGCAUAGCCUAAAGAAAACACAGGAGAAUAAAAAUGAUCAGUUAGAUGAGAAAAAGAAAAAGAAAAACGAGGUGGAAGAAGUACCAUCUGUCUCAUUUCUGAAGGUUAUGAAAUUGAACAAACCAGAAUGGCCUUACUUUGUGGUUGGAGUAAUAUGUGCUCUUAUUAAUGGGGCCACUCAGCCUGUGUUUGCCAUCAUAUUCUCAAAGAUUAUUGGGGUAUUUGCAGGGGAAGCAUCCGAAAUGAGGGCAAAAAGCACCAUGUUCUCACUGCUGUUUUUAGCUCUUGGUGGGGUCUCUUUUAUUACAUUUUUCCUUCAGGGAUUCACUUUUGGAAAAGCUGGCGAGAUUCUUACAAUGAGACUCAGGCUUAUGGCUUUUAAGGCAAUGUUAAGACAGGAAGUUGGCUGGUUUGAUGACAACAAGAACAGCACUGGGGCCCUGACUACAAGACUUGCUACUGAUGCCUCACAAGUUCAAGGGGCUACAGGAUCCCGGUUAGCACUACUCGCCCAAAAUGUUGCAAACCUUGGCACUGCAGUCAUCAUUUCAUUUAUUUAUGGGUGGCAGUUAACUCUUCUCAUUUUGGCUAUUGUGCCAAUCAUUGCAAUCUCUUCUCUUAUUGAAAUGAAAAUGUUUGCUGGACAUGCAAAAAAAGACAAAGAGGAACUUGAAGUAGCUGGAAAAAUUGCCACUGACGCUGUAGAAAACAUCCGUACAGUUGUUUCAUUGACACGAGAAAGGCGGUUUGAGUCUAUGUAUGAAAAAAAUUUGGAAGGGCCAUACAGAAACUCUAUCAAGAAAGCUCACGUACACGGAUUAACUUUUGGCCUUUCUCAAGCUAUCAUGUUCUUUGCUUAUGCUGGCUGUUUUCGAUUUGGUGCAUUUUUAGUAGCAAACAAAUAUAUGGGCUUUGAGGAUGUUUUUCUGGUUUUCUCUGCAAUUGUUUUUGGGGCAAUGGCUUUAGGACAAACCAGUUCCUUUGCCCCAGACUAUGCUAAAGCAAAAAUAUCUGCGGCUCACAUAUUCAAUCUCUUGGAGAGAGUUCCUCUAAUAGACAGCUACAGUGAAGGAGGAGAAAAACCAGAACAAUGCAGUGGUUAUGUAACGUUUAAAAAUGUGAGGUUUAAUUAUCCGACCCGGCCAGACAUUCAUGUGCUUCAGGGACUUGAUAUCACUGUAAAGAAGGGAGAAACUCUGGCACUGGUGGGCAGCAGCGGGUGUGGGAAAAGCACAACCGUCCAGCUACUGGAGAGAUUCUAUGACCCUUAUGAGGGAGAAGUGUGUGUGGAUAAUUAUGGUGUGAAGAACUUAAACAUCCAAUGGGUUAGAGCACAGAUGGGCAUUGUGUCCCAGGAGCCCAUGUUGUUUGAUUGUAGCAUUGGUGAGAAUAUAGCAUAUGGUGACAACAACAGGACAGUCUCACAAGAAGAAAUAGAAAUGGCUGCCAAAGAAGCAAAUAUCCAUAGCUUCAUUAUUUCACUGCCUGAUAAAUAUCAAACACGUGUUGGAGACAAAGGCACUCAGCUCUCAGGAGGCCAGAAGCAGAGGAUAGCAAUAGCAAGAGCUCUUGUACGACAACCCAAAAUUCUUCUGCUGGACGAAGCUACUUCUGCUUUGGAUACAGAGAGUGAAAAGGUUGUGCAAGAAGCUUUAGACAAAGCUAGACAAGGUCGGACCUGUAUUGUGAUAGCUCAUCGAUUGUCAACAAUUCAGAAUGCAGACAGAAUAGCUGUCAUUCAGAACGGACAGAUUGUAGAACAAGGAACACAUCAGCAGCUAUUACAGAUGAAAGGCGUCUACUACAAUCUGGUUACCAUACAGCUUGGCCAUACAUGAGUAGUAGAAAAUACAUAGCCUAAGAUAUAAUCAUUAGGGAGACAGUUACUGUUUUAUACAUUUGUCAUAAUGACAAAUCAUUAACUGAGACCUUCUGUGUUAACACAAAUUCCCUAUUCAAUAGCUCACACAGACCAAUAUAAAAGAAUGUGUUGUUAUUGUUUAAGUCUCUCUGCCUUAAAAGAGCUAUUACUUUUUGAAAGAUGUUUGUUUUCUUUUAUAUUUACCAAAUUUCACAGAAUUAAGUACUGUUAAGAUGAUUGUAUACUGGUUAGCAUUUCAUUUUGUAUGUUUUAUUUAAUACUUAUUUUUGAUCAUAUAGUAAUUUAACAGUGAAAUAUUGCCAACGUUCUUGCACUCCUACCUCAGCUUCCGACUUUAUUUUUUUAUUUUCCCUAAAACUGGAAUAAAUAAUAUUAGCAGAAUAAAAAAAAAAGUUGUUUCUUCUCAGUUUGAUUCUGUGAUGUUUUGGAAAAUGCUCCCUUAAGAUAUACAGGAUUUAUAUGUCACCUGAACAUUUUAGUGUCAAUGGAAAAGUGAGAAUAAAGUAUACAGUAAUCAAACAUAACACACAA